AUGCUUUUUAAAAUAAACACCGGUCCUAAGAUCUAUACCACUCCUCCUCCUCUUGCUCCUCUUAUCCUUCUAUCAAGCCUUGCGCUAAUUAUAAUCGACCCUGCUAUCUUUCACGCCUUCAUAACUACGCGCAUGCCAUUGCCAGAUGCCCUAAGAGCUCCUUGCUUUAAUAGUGCUAACAUCAUCGACUUUAUCGAAAAGUACGAAAAGACUUGUAAUGACUUUAGUAUCCUUAAAGACGAUCGAUAUCAACGACUUGAAAAACUAUUGUCGCACCUUCUUUCGGGUCUCCGAAAAGCUUACUUCUAUGCACUUCUUAAGCAAGACCGAAUAAAGCCGCUUGUUCCUUCUCGGAUUGCUCGUCGAAAUCCGAAACAAAACAAUCAAGCAUUACAAGAUAUUCGGACCUUGGUCAAGGAACACACCGAACCAGCUAGCGUUCUUAAGUCUGCUAAGAAAGCCCUAGUAGUAGUGCCGUUCACCCGUGAACCACGGUUCACGAAUAAAAAAGAAGAAAUUGAUAAAACCAAAUCGCUAACCCAACUUCUCGACGCUUUGUUCAAUCUCAACCUUAAGUUCGAUUCGAAGACCGCGACGAAACCUUUAUUAAGUAUACCGCUUAAGAUGCUCGAAGUAAAGUCAGCCUCGAAAGAAGAGUUCAGAUUGCUGCUAUCGGCUACGAACUACAAAGACGAAGAAAAAAAAGAAGUAAAAGAUACGAGAGCUAGAUGCAAGAUUAUAGCUUCUGCGAAAACUCCGAAGACACAACUCAAGCUCUUUAUUAAUACCGGGAUGAGUGUAAAGCUUUUAAAGAUAUACAUAAAAGUUGCUUCGGUCGAGAUCAACGCCGCCGCAAAGGACAAAGCUAAGAAGUCUCUCCUAGCUUCGGAAGGAUCUAAGCCUAUUAAGAUCAAAAAGAAUAUCCGACAACAAAAGGAAAAGAACUACGGCACCCUUAAGGCCCCUAAAGCCGACGAAGCUAUGGAGGAUGUAAAAGGAGAGGUUAAGAUCAUUCAGCGAGUGCUAAGAGAAAGAAAGAAAAGGACUUACAAACGAGAAAAGUUCAUUAACCUUUACGUUACUACUAAAGCUUAA